CACAGUCGGACGGACGGAAGUCAGCGGGAUGAACUGCGACCAACUACUGCUCCACCCGCGGGUCAGCGCUGCCCUGAGGAGAGUUCAGCUAAAGUCUGUGAAGGAUGUGGUUUGUGCUUCUGCUCCAGACCUGCAGAGACUCACCGGUUUGUCCAACUCUGAUGUCCAGCAGCUGAUCACUGCUGCCGCUGCCGUCUGCAGAAGGCACCCUCCAAUCACAGCACAGCAGCUGCAGCACGGCGUGUCUGGCGCCCAGCUCAGGCUCGGCUGUCCAGUUCUGGACCGCCUUUUGAGGGGCGGUUUGCCUGUGGGGGGCAUCACUGAGCUGGCUGGAGAGAGUGGCACCGGCAAGACUCAGGUGGGCCUGCAGCUCAGCCUCUCGGUGCAGUACCCAGCAGAGCACGGAGGGCUGGGAGCAGGUGCGUUGUAUGUCUGCACUGAGGACUCAUUUCCCAUUAAGCGUCUGCACCAGCUGAUUGGCGAGCAAGUCUGUCUGCGUUCUGACGUUCCUGCGGACCUUGUAAGCAGUCUUCGCUUCAGCGACCACGUUUACAUUGAGCAUACCGCGGAUCUGGAUUCCCUCCUGGUGUGCCUAACACGCCGUGCCCGCCUCCUACUGACACGCGGUCUGGUGCGACUAAUCGUGGUCGACUCAGUGGCAGCGCUGUUCAGGACCGAGUUCCAGGCCGAUGAUUGGCUAGAGAGGAACAGACAGCUACUCACCUUCUCCUCCAUGCUGCAUCACCUGAGUCAGGAGUUCAGCACACCUGUGCUCUGCAUCAACCAGGUGUUUGUUUUCCAGGUAACAGAUGUUUUCAGCCAAUCACACAACAGUAUGGGGCCUUCGCUGUCCACCGUGUCUCCUGCUCUUGGGUUGGCGUGGGCCAAUCAGGUGAUGGUUCGGCUGAUGAUGAGCCGUCUCCAAGGAACGGUCGUCCGUGGUGACCAGAGCAGUGCUCUCCGCAGGUUGGAGGUGGUGUUUGCGCCUCACCUGGCACGUGACGGACAAAACGCUGCCGUGUGGAGGGAGGGGCUCAGAGGAGUUGAGAGCUGGACUUCAAAUAGAAAAUAAACUUUAUUAAACAGCA